AUGGAUGAGGAAAAGAAUGAGUGGCUGGCACAGCAUUAUUCUCCAAGCAUGUGGAAUAGGCGAAUGGACCCAGGAGAAGUAGUAGAUUCCCACAUGAACAUCUGUACUAGCUAUAGUGAAAUUACUUGCAAAAAUUCUCACUGCGAACUGAGUGUCUGUUAUGGUGAAAAGAAAGCUAAGAUGGAUAUAUUUUAUCCUAUGCAAGAGACUGAUGAGACAGCUGUAUCUGUAAAAAAAAUUGGUGGUAGUUCUGCACCAGUAGUACUGUUUGUUCAUGGCGGGUACUGGCAAGUAGGGAGCAGGAAGAUUUACAGCUUUGUUAGUAAAUCAUGGACUAAAGCUGGUUGUGUUGCAGCAGUGGUGGGUUAUAACCUUGCACCAGAAGCGAGCUUGAAUCAGUUGAUGAGUGAAAUAAAGUCAGCAGUGAAAUAUAUCAAUACCAGGUUUCCAAAGUCCAAACUGUUCUUGUGUGGCCAUUCAGCUGGGGCACAUUUGUGUGCUAUGAUGAUGGUGUCAGACUGGAGCAAAGAUCCUUCAAUUCCACAAGCCAUUCAUGGUAUGUUCUUGUUAUCAGGAGUUUUUGAUUUGGUACCUAUUGUAAAUACCUAUGUUAAUGAUGUAUUAAAACUGACAGAAGAAUCUGCUGCACAAAUCAGUCCUCAACAAAUUCUGAUAAAGAUGUCACCAACAUUUAUGUGCCCUAUUUUGGUUGUGAAGGAAGAGCAUAGUUCCCCAGAGAUUAAUCGACAGGCUAAAGAAUUUGUUGAAAUCUUAAAAGUUCAUAAUGUUCAGUGUUCUUUGCUUGAGCUACCAGGAGUAGAUCACUUCAGCAUGAAUGAAAACAUGGUGAAUAGUGAUGAUCUCCUCUGCCAGGAGAUUUUAAAAGUUGUCGGAAAUAUCAACUCAGCAAGGAGUGAAAUAGGAGUCAAAGGUUCAAACUCAAGUCUUUAA